CAAAAAGAGAAUGUUGAGUUCUUCAAAAUUAAUAACCAUGGAAGCAAAAUAUGUUAUAGUUUUCUCGGCUUUAAUCUUUUCUCUCUUCAUCGGAGGUGAAACGGUUACUACAGGUAAUUGGGAACUUUUGAAGGAAAGCAUUGGAAUUUCAGCAAUGCAUACUCAACUGUUGCCAAAUGAUCGAGUUAUUAUGUACGAUAGAGUAGAUUUUGGUCAAUCAAGAAUUUUAUUACCAGCAGAAAAAUGUAGCAAUGCUACUAAUCUUAAAGUCGACUGUACUGCUCACUCGGUCGAGUUAAACCUUUUGGAUCGAAGUGUCCGUCCACUUACUGUUCUUACCGAUACUUGGUGCUCUUCCGGUUCACUAGCAUCUGAUGGCAUGCUAAUUCAAAGCGGUGGAUCCAACAAUGGUGAGCAUGCUGUUAGAACUUUUCGGCCGUGCGCUGACUGUGAUUGGGUAGAGGAUCAAAAAUGGCUAGAUGUUCCUCGAUGGUAUGCGUCUAAUCAAAUUUUGCCAAAUGGGGAAGUCAUUGUCGUUGGUGGUAGAGGUCAGUUUAAUUAUGAGUUCAUCCCUAAGAGCUCCUUGCAGUCAGAUUCUAAAGUCUUUGAACUUCCAUUUCUUAAAGAAACCAGUGAUGCCGUAGAGAACAAUUUAUACCCAUUUACUCAUCUCUCACCUGAUGGAAACCUCUUCAUCUUUGCAAAUACUAAAUCAAUCUUGUUUGAUUAUAUAAACAAUCGAGUUGUUAGGGAUGAUUAUCCAGUCAUGCCAGGUGGAGUUUCACGCAAUUAUCCAAGCACAGGUUCAUCUGUACUUCUUCCGCUGAAACUUGGCCUCAUCAAUAGUAUUACCGGUACACCGGAUGCUGAGGUCUUCAUCUGUGGAGGGACACCACCAACUUCAUACAUCACUGCGAUCAAAGGAACAUUUUUACCAGCUGCCAAAUCAUGCGGACGUUUAGUGAUCACAGCAAAACAACCGAACUGGGUUAUGGAAGAAAUGCCAAUGGAAAGAGUCAUGGGUGAUAUGAUCCUAUUACCAACAGGUGAUGUCUUACUUAUAAAUGGUGCGAAAAAAGGCGCAGCUGGCUGGUAUUUAGGUAGGGAACCGGUUCUAAACCCCGUACUUUACCAACCGGAAUCGAGUAAAUAUGAGAUUAUGGAAGCAUCAACGACUCCUCGAAUGUAUCAUUCAACUGCUAUUUUGAUUACUGAUGGUAGAGUAUUAGUCGGUGGGAGUAACCCGAAUAAGAAUUACAACUUCACCGAGAUGUUCCCUACUGAAUUGAGUGUUGAGGUUUUUUCGCCACCUUACUUAAGUAGCGGUUCUCGACCGCAAAUCAGUUGGGUGAAACAAGGAACUGAACUAUCUUAUAAGCAAGCAAUUUCCAUUGGUUUUACUUCGGAAAAUAAUGGGGACGUCCCUCUUUUGGAUAAGCUUUUUAAUGGAGAGUUAGAGAACGUUUCUGUAACCCUGGUUGCGCCAUCAUUCAACACACAUUCUUUCUCCAUGAAUCAAAGGAUGAUGGUGCUGCAAAUCAAUAAAGUACGUGAACCCUCCAGCGGAAGUUACGUCAUUGACUGUUUUGCUCCGGCGACACCUAAUGUUGCACCACCCGGCUAUUAUCUUCUUUUUGUGGUACACAAUGGGAUUCCUAGUAAGGGAACGUGGAUUCACAUCAGUUAAUACUUUUAAGCGUGAAAUCUUGCUAGCUUGCUUUUUAUUUUCCGUAUAUUCUUGAUUAAAGUGAGGAAUUGAUGAUUUGGUCGGUUCAUCUAGCUGUGUGAUCAACUGUUAUGUUUAUGUAAAAAUUAGAUCUGCUGUUUAUAAUGCUUCUUUAUCAUUUAUUCAUUUUCAUGAA